UCAAACACUUUUCUUAGCUCCUGUUUGAGAAAACCCAGAGACUACAUUGCAAAGUGUGAAUCCUUCUUCCCUCAUCCUUCACCUUUCUUCCUUUCUUUCUUGUGAUCUCAUCCGCUGCACUUGAGAUCCAAUCAUGGCUGCAAAACUUGAUGGUGGAGCUUAUCUUACUUCCUUUGUUGAUGCUAUUUUGGAGAAGCUUUCUCCAAUACUUGAAGACGACUCAUUUAUGGAAAGGAACAUCUUGCUUGGAAGGUUGGAGAAAACUCUGUUUGAGGUUGGACUUGUUCUUGAUGAUGCUGAGCAGAAGCAGUUCACUGACAAGAAAGUGAAGAAGUGGCUUGUUGAUCUCCAAGAUGCUCUCUAUUUUGCUGAUGCUUUGGUCGAUGAACUCUCCACUAAGGCCGCCAUGGCCACCACUCUAAGAGAUCCAGGUAUCUCUUCUUCCUGUUCUUCUCUUGUUGAUUCAUAUAUUGAAGAUACUGGUGACAUGGAAAAAAUAGUUGGUACACUAGAGUCUGUUGUAGCAAAGAAAAAUUAUCAUCGUCUGAAAGAGUGCGCCAAGGUGGACAUGUCGUCAUGGAGAACUCCAUCCACAUCUCUUGUUAUAAGUUCUGACAUUUUUGGUCGGGACAACGAUAAGGAAGAGAUAAUCAAAUUGUUGCUAGAUGAUGCUUGUCAUGCUGAAUCACCUGUGACUGUGAUCCCCAUUGUGGGUAUGGGCGGAAUAGGAAAAACUACUCUAGCUCAACUGGUUUACAGUGAUGUCAAAGUGGUGGAAAAUUUUGACACGAGAGUAUGGGUGUGUGUUGCUGAAAAUCCCGACCCUGUUCAUGUUACAAGGACAAUAAUAGGAGCAAUAGAUUCCUAUCCCUGUACCAUGGACAAUUUUGAUUUUCUUCAGACUAAUUUGAAGAAAAAGCUGACAGGAAAGACAUUCUUACUUGUUUUGGAUGAUGUAUGGCAUGAUCAACGAGACACAUGGGAGGAUUUCCUGAAACCUUUUCGGGAUGGGAAUAUUGGAAGUAAAAUUCUCUUAACAACCCGGAGUGAAAAGGUUGCUUCUGUGUUCGUAGCUCCUAAUCGACAUUAUCAACUAAGUUUAUUGUCAGGGGAAGAUUGUUGGUUGGUGUUUUUGAAGCAUUCAUCUGUUUCUACUAAUUCCGAACAAUAUGCAACUCUAGAACCAAUUGGUAGAAAAAUUGUUGAAAAGUGUAAGGGAUUACCUUUGGCUGUGAAGACACUUGGAGGCUUACUGCGCAAUAAGUAUAAUGUAAGGGAUUGGGAGAAUAUACUUAAAAGUGAAAUUUGGGAACUCCCGAAAGAUGAAAGCAAGAUUAUUCCUGCAUUAAGAGUCAGCUAUCACUACCUCCCUUCACAUUUAAAGCGAUGCUUUGUUUAUUGCUCACUGUAUCCUGAAGAUUAUCAAUUUGACAAAAAUGAAUUAGUAUUGUUGUGGAUGGCUGAAGAUCUCUUACAGCCAAUUGAAAACAAUGCAUUAGAAGAUAUUGGUUGUGCUUAUUUUGAUGAAUUAGUUGCAAGAUCAUUUUUUCAACUUUCUAGUGAUGAUGCUGGGUUAUUUGUAAUGCACGAUCUCAUGCAUGAUUUAGCAACGUUUUUUGCUGGAAAAUUCUUUUUCAGAGUCAACGAAUUUGGCAAUCCACACAUGGCAGACAGCAAAAUCCGUCAUUUGUCAUAUAAUCGGGGUCGAAUCUCAAAAUUUCCAGAGGCCUAUAAUGGAGCAAUAUAUAUGAGAACAUUUCUACCUGUUCAUGUUCGAUCAAAUGAUAUUGAAUGUGAUUCUUGGCUUCAACAAUUAAAGUGUCUAAGAGUUUUGUCAUUUCGUGGCUUUGAAAUCCUGUCAUUGCCUGAUUCAAUAGGUGAGUUGAUCCAUUUGCGUUAUUUGGAUCUCUCAAAAACAUCUAUUGUGACAUUGCCUGAAUCAUUGUGUAAAUUAUACAAUCUCCAAACAUUGAAGUUGUGGAAUUGUGAGAAGCUAGAGAUGCUUCCCAGCCGCAUGCAAGAUCUUGUGAACCUACGCCAUCUUGAUACGAGGGGAGCUCAUAGUUUAAAAGAGAUGCCAAAAGGAAUGAGUAAGUUAAAGCAUCUGAACUUCUUACGUCAUUAUAUUGUCGGGGAGCAAGUGGAUAAUGGGAUAAGAGAAUUGGGAGCACUUGACGAUCUUCAUGGCUCACUUUGCAUUUCCAAAUUAAAGAAUGUGAAAGACAGCGGUGAAGCUUUGGAGGCAAAGAUGGGUAACAAGAAGCACGUCAACAUUUUAGAAUUGAAAUGGCUUCCGGAAGGCGAUGAAUAUGAUGAUGAUGAUGAUGACUUAAAAUGGCUUCCAGAUGAUGAUGAUGACUUGAAAUGGCUUCGGGAUGACGAUGACGAUGACGGUGACAGUGACCGUGACGAUGAUUGUGGUGAUAUUGUUGAUGUUGAAAAAGAGAGAGAUAUACUUGAGAAGUUACAACCUCACCGAAACUUGAAGGAGUUAUCAAUUUAUAGUUACAGGGGUGAAACAUUCCCCGAUUGGUUAGGCCUUCCUUGCUACUCCAAUAUCACUAAAUUGAUUCUGUUUGUCUGUAAGAAUUGCCGUCAGGUUCCUUCACUGGGACAGUUACCCUCUCUGCAGCAUCUGGUGAUAUGUGGACUUUAUGGGUUGGAGAGAAUUGGUGGUGAGUUUUACAACAACGCUGAAUCAUCUCAUCAGGGCACACCCUUCAGAUCUCUGGAGACCCUGAAAUUUGUUGGAAUGCCCCGCUGGCAAGAGUGGCAUAUUCCUGAUGACUUUGAUGGAUUUCCCAAACUUAAAAGCCUUUCCAUAGCCAACUGUCCGGUGUUAAGUGGAGAUCUGCCUGCUCACCUUCCGGCUCUGGAGGAAUUGGAUAUACGGGAAUGCCCAGAAAUGGAUUGUUUUGGAGAGGAGUGCCUCCCGCCAAGCUUGACAACUCUUCGGAUCUAUAAAUGCAAGAAACUAUCGAGGUGGAUAAUAUCAAAGGGUUUACAGAGUCAAGGCCUAACCCAUCUUUUCCUUUCCUUUUGGAAUGAAGUUAAGGGGUUCCCAGGAGAGGGUUGCCUUCCUGCUUCCCUCAAGUCUCUACAAUUGUCGUACUUUUCAAAUCUGGAGAUGCUAGACUGCAAGGGCCUUCACCAUCUCACCUCCCUCCAACAAUUAACAAUUGAAAAGUGUCCACAGCUGGAGAAUAUCACACAACCAAACCUGCCUGCUUCCCUGUCAAAACUCCUCAUCAAGGGAAAAUGUCCAUUGGGGAGUAAGCUGGAAGAGAUGAACGACCCACGGAUUCAAUACCAAACAGACUUGUACGAUCUGUUUCCUGGAUUCUGAUUUGCCACCAUUUCUGCAACAUGCAAGGAUUCUGUCUGUUAGUAUGUUAUGGAGGAGGUCUGCCCAACAUUCUUGCGGUUUUCUUUUUUUAUGGAAGAUUAAUUAGGUAAUGGUAAAUGCUCCACCAAUUAUUGGCUGAUGGGUUGAUACUUUACGAAUUUGUUUUCUGUUUAGGAGCCAAGAUCUUUUAUUCCAUCAGUGUUCUUCAAAAUACUUUACAUUUUGCCUCGUAGCAAUCAAAGUUCUUACAUAGCUGGAUUUUCCAUCAUGCUACACGUUAGUGAUAGCAAAAUAGUGAAGAUUGAAUCAAAUAUGAAUAUAAAAUGGCUGAUGCUUCAGCUAAUCUCUUCAAUUUGGUUCAACCAAGCAAGAUUGUCACCAAGAUAUUUUCACUUAAAUAUUGCCAAUUUUCGUCUCAUGUCUCUUCUUUGGGUUGGCCUAUUGGAGAAGCCUAAAUGCAAUUCACAAUAAAAUCAAUCAUAUGAUGGUAGUUAUGUGUAACUUGGAUUUCUAAGUCCAACCGCAGGCUGGAUCUAAAUCUGAACUCUCCAUUUGCAACAAAGUGGAUGAAAGAAGAGACAACAUUUCUCAACCCAAGGUGGAAAAAGAAGGCUGAUGCGUCAAGGUUGAUUAUAGCAGCAAUCGGUUAAAGGCUAAGAAUGUUGAGGAGGUUUGUGAUUCCUGAGAAUGCCAUUGGGAAGUGGUUAAUAGCACACAAUCCAUUCUUACACAAUAGAUCUGAACAUCUCAAAUCAUAUUCUUUCCUUUUUUUUAGUGAGAGGGAUUAAAUCAUUGAGAAUAAAUUGUUUUUGUCUCACAUUCCCUCCACAGAAAGUGUGUCAAAUUGUCUUUGUAAAGUUUUAGUUCAAACAGUUUUCUCAAGGAAUACCCUGAGUAUUAAGGGGGAAAGUUAGGAACAAGAGUUUGUUUAUAACCCCCAUUCUCUAUUAUAUAUAGUAAGUCAGGGUGUUAGUUUCUGUUUUAAGCUUCCUGUUUGAGUCUGUUUUGGAUCUCUUUCUCUAUAGCUAGUUCCAUCACAUAUACAAGGUUCCCCUUGUAUCUUGUGUGUAAUCAAUGAAUGAGGUUAUUCAAUUUCAUAUCA